AUGUCAUCUUGUAAGCCGUCAAUUACGCCGGUUGAUACCACACCGAAACUUGGGGCUUCAGUCUCUUCUCCUGUGUCAAAUUCUUCUUUGUAUCGCAGCCUAGAUGGUGCUCUACAAUAUUUGACGUUUUCUCGUCCUGAUAUCACGUAUGCGGUGCAACAGGUUUGUCUCUUUAUGCAUGAUCCCCGAGAGGUACACAUGGAGGCUCUAAAGAGAAUUAUUCGGUAUAAUCAAGGAACUCUUAAUUUUAACCUUCAUUUGUCUCCAUCCUCUGUUACAUCCCUCUUCGCUUACACUGAUGCUGACUGGGGUGGGUGCCCGGACACACGUCGUUCAACAUUUGGAUACUAUGUUUUCUUAGGAGAUAAUUUAAUCUCUGGGUUGGCUAAGCGUCAAACCACUUUGUUCCGUUCUAGUGUCGAGGCUGAGUACCCGGCGGUUGCGAAUGUGGUUUCAGAAACCUUUUGGCUACGAAAUUUACUCCUAGAACUUCUUUGUACGGUUCCCACCGCUACUUUUAUUUUAUUGUGA